AGAAAUAAAUGAACAGAGGAGAGGCUGAAGUUUGCUUGCUCUGUAAGCUUUGAUGGAUGGGUAGAGUCCCUCGCAUACCAAUAAGAACUAUUAUCUAGGUGAAGAGAGGAAAAAAAAAAAAAACUGGCUUCUAUUUGAAACACGCCCGCCCCGCUUCAUUACUGCUUCCUCUCGGUGACCACAUGGAGGGAACUCUAAAAAAACCCCACAUCCAAUUAGUUCUUUCAUAUUUUAUUAGCUCAUGCUCGAGAUUUCUGGCUGUCAGAGCCCACCAUGAUGGAGCUGAGCCCGGAGAGAGAGAGCGAGAGAUAAAAUAUAAAGAGAGGGAGAGAUGGGUUUAUAGUUAUUCUGAGGUUUCUAAGCAUUGGAAGUGGUGGGAGGAGAGGUGGUGGUGGAUUAAGUUCCAUGCAUGGUCAUUCUGUUUAGUGGGGUGGGGGAGGUCGCUUGGAAGUGGGAGUUGUGUUCCUCUGGACAAAACCGAGGGAAGUUUUUUAUAGCCGGAUGGCCAAAUGAUCGCACAAGAAGAAGACAAGCACACCUAUGUCCGCAGAAACAGACAGCUCUAGAAGAAGGAUCACAGCUCUAGAAUUCCACAGGGAUGGCUUCAAGCCGCUGCAAGCCUCGCCGAAUCAUUGCCACCUUUGUUGUGCUGCUCCUCCUCCUGGCAGCCACCAGUCCCGUGCUCUCGGCGUCGGCGCUGGCAAAUAGCACGCUUCGGCCCGGCGAAGAACUGCUGAAAUAUAGGAGGAUUAGAGCCCAUCUAAAGAGGCUCAACAAACCUUCGCUCAAGACGAUCGAGAGUCCUGAUGGCGAUCUCAUAGACUGCGUUCCAUCUCACCUUCAACCAGCCUUUGAUCAUCCAAAAUUGAAGGGACAGAAGCCAUUGGAUCCACCUGAGAGACCCAGAGGCUACAUUCGGACAGCUACAGUGGAUGGCACCUUCCAGGCAUGGACGGUUUCGGGUGAAUCGUGCCCGGAAGGAACCGUGCCGAUAAGGAGAACAACAGAAGAAGAUGUACUCAGAGCCAGCUCCAUUCGGAGAUUUGGGAGGAAGCCGGCGAGGAGAAUGCGGCGCGAUUCCACGAGCACCGGUCAUGAGCAUGCAGUUGGCUAUGUGCUGGGAGAUCAGUAUUUUGGUGCAAAAGCUAGUUUAAAUGUGUGGGCACCAAGAGUAAUCAGUCCAUCCGAGUUCAGCUUGUCGCAGAUCUGGGUCAUAUCGGGAUCCUUCGGCAAUGAUCUCAACACCAUUGAAGCUGGAUGGCAGAUUAGCCCACAGCUCUAUGGGGAUAAUAAUCCCAGGUUCUUCACAUAUUGGACAAGCGACGCAUACCGAGAGACUGGAUGCUACAAUCUGUUGUGCUCCGGCUUUGUUCAAACAAAUAAUAAGAUUGCUAUCGGGGCAGCUAUCUCACCCAUAUCAAUUUCCAAUGGCGGCCAAUUCGACAUUAGCCUACUGGUGUGGAAGGAUCCCAAGCACGGACAUUGGUGGCUGGAGUUUGGGCCGGGGCUGCUGGUCGGCUAUUGGCCAUCGUCUCUGUUCAGCCACUUGGCAGGGCACGCGAACAUGGUCCAAUUUGGUGGAGAGAUUGUUAAUACUCAGCCAUCGGGGUUCCACACAUCAACUCAAAUGGGCAGCGGCCAUUUUGCUGGGGAGGGUUUUGGUAGAGCUGCCUACUUCCGAAAUUUGCAGCUUGUUGACUGGGACAAUAGCUUGAUCCCCUUGCCCAACUUGCGAGUCCUGGCCGACCAUCCAAGUUGCUACGACAUACGAGGAGGAGUCAACACCGCUUGGGGGAAUUAUUUUUACUAUGGAGGUCCGGGAAGAAACAUGAGAUGUCCUUAAAACAUAUAUAUGGGGCACUUGCAUUCUUUUUCCAAAAUAUUUUUUGAGGAUGGCGUCCGUCGAGAUUGUUUUGGGGGAUCAUUCUUGGCUUUUUGGGUACGAAGGAGUCUCUUCCUUCUUGUUCAUCAUAUUAUACGACUUUUGGAGGGCAAUGUAAAUUCGGGAAAAAAAAUAUAGUGAAAAUAUAUACUAUGCCGGCUAUGUAUCCUCUUUUCUUUCAUUA